UGUUCAGAUCAUGCCUGAAACCACCGUCAAAGCGCCCAAGAAGGGCUCAAAGAAAGCCGUGUCUAAGAGCGUCAGUAAGAGCGGCAAGAAAAAGAGGAGGACCAGGAAGGAGAGCUACGCCAUCUACGUGUACAAGGUGCUGAAGCAGGUCCACCCCGACACCGGCAUCUCGUCCAAGGCAAUGGACAUCAUGAACUCGUUUGUGAGCGACAUCUUUGAGCGCAUCGCCGGUGAGGCCUCCCGUCUGGCUCACUACAACAAGCGCUCCACCAUCACUUCCAGGGAGAUCCAGACCGCCGUCCGCCUGCUGCUGCCCGGUGAGCUGGCCAAGCACGCAGUGUCUGAGGGCACCAAGGCCGUCACCAAGUACACCAGCUCCAAGUAAAUGUGCUGACAUGUGAUCAUCAACACAACGGCUCUUCUAAGAGCCACCCACUUUAUCUAAAGACAUACCGUCUGGUGUGUGAGAAUAAGAAACGAAGUUAAAGGUAGAAAAGUGUAUAAAUAUGGAGUUAAUUAUUUUUUCUGAUUUUUUUUUUUUGUCUGAACAACAUAAUGGUGGUAGUAGAAAUGCUGACAGGGAGGAGGGCGAGCGCACAGACAAACCACUUGCUAACAAUCUCUCUGCUAAAAUGUCGAGUACAGAGUGAGUCACAGAAACAAAACAUCUGGUAAACAGAAGUGUAUAUAAAGGAGCACGGAGAAAACCAAGAAACUACAGAGCACUCAAAGCACUCAGCACCAAAACAGCAGCUCAGUUGCUGUCCAAGGUCCUGUUUCAUGGCAUCACUGAGUGA